AUGAAUCGUUUUCGCCUUUCAAAUUUAAUUAGAAAUCAACCUACUCUAAAUCUAUUUCGAUAUACUAGUAUUAAUGCAUCAUCAUCAAAGACAGUUGAUGAAACGAAAUUAAAUGAUAUUUUAAAAAAACGUUUUUCAAAUGCUCGUCUUAUUGAUGUUAAAGAUACUUCAGCUGGUUGUGGUGCAAGUUAUGAAGUAAUUGUCGUAACUGAUGAAUUUGCCAAUAUGCGUAUGGUUAACCAACAUCGUUUAGUAUCUGAAGCACUUAAUAAACAAUUAUCAAAUAUUCAUUCGAUUCGAAUAUUUACUGGAACAGAUGAAAAAGAAUUUCUAGAUUCCUGA